ACCAAAAAUCUCUCUUCUAUAAAUGCCCCCUCCUUCCCACACCCCACUUCCCCGCCCUGCUCUCAGCCAUGCCUUCUCUCCUCCACCUCUUUCCCCUUCCCUCCCUCUUCCUACCUCCUCCUCCAGGUGCCCCGCCUUCCGAGGUCAGGCACAAGGAAGCCACCUUGGAUCCCCGCAUCAGAUGCAGCGCCGUCUCCAAACCUCCCAGUCAAGGAUAUACGGACCCUGUAUUAGUUCAGGAGGGCCUGCCCCGGUUGAGGUGGCGCGAGAUUGUCCGUGAUGACAUAGACGACGAACCAGCUCAUGAGGCUCGGGUGACCGAUCGCGAGAUCAAGCAGCGAGCCGACGCUGUCAGAUCGACGCUGCGUUCGUUGGAGGAUGGCGAGAUUGCCGUUUCUGCUUACGACACUGCAUGGGUCGCUCUCGUGCCGGAUGUUCGUGGGAGUGGUGCUCCCCAAUUUCCUUCCAGUCUUGAAUGGAUCGCCAAUAAUCAGCAUCCGGACGGUUCCUGGGGCGAUUCUCAGACAUUCUUGGCCCACGAUCGAAUUAUCAACACCUUGGCCUGCGUUGUUGCGUUGAAAUCAUGGAAUAUCCACCCGGAAAAGUGCGAGAAAGGGAUGGCAUUCUUUUAUGACAACCUGGACAAGCUUCAGGGAGAAAAGGCGGAGCACAUGCCCAUCGGCUUUGAAGUUGCAUUUCCUUCGCUUCUAGAUCUAGCCCGGAGGCUGAACAUUGAAGUAACGUGUGAUUCCCAUGUCUUGAAAGAGAUAUUUGCCAAGAGAGACAUAAAGCUCUCGAGAAUACCGAGAGAGCUGAUGCAUAAAGUGCCCACAACGCUGCUCCAUAGCCUGGAAGGGAUGGCCGGGCUCGAAUGGAACGACCUUCUAAAGCUUCAGUGUAAGGAUGGGUCGUUCUUGUUUUCUCCGUCCUCCACUGCCUAUGCUCUUGCCCACACUAGAGACCCAAAUUGCCUCAAUUACUUGAAUAAAGCUGUCACGAAGUUCAAUGGAGGAGGUACUAAAGCGCCUUUAUUGGCCACUCCAAUUCCCAACGUAUAUCCCGUGGAUUUGUUCGAACAUAUUUGGCUGGUAGAUAGGCUUCAGCGUCUCGGAAUUUCGAGAUAUUUCCAGAACGAGAUCAAGGACUGUAUGAGCUAUGUUCGUAGGUAUUGGACCGAGAAGGGUAUCUGUUGGGCAAGUAAUUCCAAUGUUCAAGAUAUUGAUGACACGGCAAUGGGAUUCAGGUUACUGAGAUUACAUGGCUAUGAAGUUGCACCCAGUGUGUUCAAGAACUUUGAGAGAAAUGGUGAAUUCUUUUGCUUUGCGGGGCAGUCAACGCAGGCGGUGACGGGAAUGUUCAAUCUAUAUAGAGCUAGUCAAGUGGCGUUUCCGGGAGAGAAGGUUCUUGAAGAUGCGAGGCAGUUCUCAGUCAGGUUCUUGAGAGAGAAACAAGCGGCGAAUGAGCUCCUGGAUAAAUGGAUAAUUAUGAAGAACUUACCCGGAGAGGUGGCUUACGCAUUGGACAUGCCCUGGCAUGCAAGUUUACCCCGAGUGGAAACCAGAUUUUAUAUGGAUCAUUAUGGUGGUGACAGCGACGUUUGGAUUGGCAAGACUCUUUAUCGGAUGCCGUAUCUGAGCAAUAACAAUUAUCUGGAGCUGGCAAAAUUAGACUUCAACAAUUGCCAAGCACUGCACCUACGAGAAUGGGCCAGCGUUCAGAAGUGGCACUCAGACUGUAGAUUGGGAGAGUUUGGAUUAAGCAGAAAAGCUCUUCUUUUUGAUUUUUUUUUGGCUGCCGCCAGCAUGUUUGAGCCUGAAAGAUCUCAAGAGAGGCUUGCAUGGGCCAAAACCUCUGCCUUGCUUCACACAAUCACCUCCCAUGUUAAGGACGAUCCAAGGAGGAAAGCUUUUGUCAAUCACUUCAUCAGUUGCAUCAAGGAACGAGACUACUCCACUGCCUGGAGAUUAAAUAGGAACAGAACAGAGGAAGGGCUCGUGGGCGCUUUGGUUGAAACGAUAGAUCAGCUCUCGUGGGAUAUACUUGUAUCUCAUGGCCAUGAAAUUGGCUUUGACAUGCACCAUACAUGGAAAAAGUGGCUAUCAAAUUGGCAAAGUGGAGGGGACACGUGUCAAGGGCAUGCAGAACUUCUGGUAAAAAUAAUAAACCUAUGCGGUGGGAGCUGGAUUUCAGAGGAGAUACUGUUGAAUCCUCGAUACCAACAGCUCAUUGAACUCACCAAUAGGGUCUGCUACAGGCUUCAUUGUUACCAAAAAGACAAGGCACCUCAGAGUGGCGGCAGUGGCAUGCGGACAUAUCGCAUCACCACCUCAGAAGCAGAGUCAGAAAUGCAGCAACUUGUGAAGUUGGUGCUUCAGGAAUCUUCUAACGACAUAGAUUCCAGCAUCAAGAAUACUUUCCUUACAGUGGCAAAGAGCUAUUAUUAUGCAGCCAUAUGUGAUUCAAGCACCAUCAACUUCCACAUUGCCAAAGCUCUCUUCGAGAAAGUCACUUAAAAUUUGUCUCUUUGUCUUCACUGGUCAUGUCCACCACUGUCCAUAAGUAGUCCGUAAUGUAUAAUAAUCUGUGUGACUGAAUGAACGGUUUGCCUGUUAAAUUUGCUGUCCAAAAAAAAAGAGUAAAUCGAUAUCGUGUAGACAACUUAAAUUCAAAAAGUAGAAGUUAUGGCAUGUUAUAUAAA